UCCCAAGAACACUCGCGCCCAUUCUAGAGUCACGAGACCCAUCAUGGGACCUGUGUAGCUUUACUUUUAAAACGCAGUCUUUUGAUCACUUAACUACACACUAUGGCGGUAGAAACCAUCGCACCGGACUGGGAGUUUGAUCGUUUUGACGACGGUUCACAGAAAAUACACACAGAGGUUCAGCUGAAGAACUACAGCAGGUUUCUGGAGGAGUACACCACCCAGUUGAAGGGUAUAGAGGAGGCCCUGGAUGACUCCAUUGGUGAUGUGUGGGACUUCACUCUGGACCCUAUUGCCCUUAAGCUUAUUCCAUAUGAGCAGUCAUCUUUAUUGGAGUUGAUAAAAACAGACAAUAAAGUUCUAAACAAAGUCAUCACAGUGUAUGCUGCGCUCUGCAGUGAGGUGAAGAAGCUCAAGAAUGAGGCAGAAACCAAGUUCUACAAUGGUCUGUUGUACUAUGGAGAAGGAGUGUCAGAAGCCGGUGUUGUUGAAGGAGAGUCCCAGAUUCAGAUGGGCAGAUUCAUCUCCUUCCUGCAGGAACUUUCCUGUUUUGUUUCAAGAUGUUAUGAAGUGGUGGUCAAUAUUGUUCAUCAGCUGGCCGCUCUGUACAACAGCAACAAAACUGCAACAAAAAUCAUUGAAUCUUCAGGAGUCCAUUUUCAGACUGUGUACGAACACCUGGGGGAGUUGUUGGUGGUUCUGUUAACACUUGAUCAGAUUUUAGAAAAUCAUGGUAUAUUGAAGGAUCACUGGAAAAUGUAUAAAAGGUUACUGAAGUCAGUCCACCAUAAUCCUGGAAAAUUUUCCAUUCCUGAGGAGAAGUUAAAACCAUUUGAGAAGCUUCUGCUCAAGCUGGAGGGACAGCUGCUGGACGGAAUGAUAUUGCAGGCCUGUGUGGAACAAAGAUUUGAUGAUCCUGGGGAGGGAGUUGCAGUUGCCAAAAACAGCAUCUUUGCUGAGGAGUUUGCCUUCAACAUUCGCACCAUAUUCACCAGUGUGGAGUCAAAGAUUGGUGAACCUUCAGAAAUUGACCAGAGAGAUAGAUACGUCGGCGUCUGUUGUCUCUUUGUGCUUCACUUUCACAUAUUCAGAAGUGUUGACAAAAAGUUUUACAAAGCACUGCUCGAUGUCUGUAAAAAGGUAUCCGCAGUCACGUUGACCUCCAACAUUAUCUGGUUUCCUGACACUUUCCUCAUCACCAAGGUUCCCGCUGCAGCUAAGCUGAUGGAUAAGAAAAGUCUACAGGCUAUCAAAGCACAGAGAGACACUUUGUUGCAGCAAAGAGCUCAGACACUGACAAAGGAUAUGCAGUCUUACUAUGUUUUUGUCACCUCAUGGAUGAUGAAGAUGGAGUCCAUUCUGUCCAAGGAGCAUAACAGUGACAAGUUGGCAGAUGAUCUCAACAGCAGGUGUAAUGUGUUUGUACAGGGCAUCCUGUAUGCCUACACCCUGUGCACUAUUAUUAAGACCACCAUGAACAUGUACAUGUCCAUGCAACGGCCCAUGACCAAGACAUCUGUCAAGGCGCUCUGUCGAAUGGUUGAGCUGCUUAAGGCUGUGGAGCACACCUUUCACAGGCGCUCCAUGGUUGUCGCCGACUCUGUGUCUCACAUCACGCAGCAGCUGCAGUCCCAGGCUCUCAAUGCCAUUGGAACAGCCAAGAAGAGAGUAAUCUCUGAGAAGAAGUACAGUGAACAGCGUCUGGAUGUGUUGUCCUCCUUGGUACUAGCCGAAAAUGCCCUCAAUGGACCCAGCACAAAGGAGCGACGCCUCGUGGUUUCUCUGGCUCUUUGCGUCGGCACUCAGCUUAAAACCUUUAAAGAUGAGGAACUGCUUCCACUGCAGCUGGUGCUGAAAAAGCUGGAUCUCAUCAGUGAGCUGUCUGAGAGGGUCAAGAUUCAGUGUGACUGUAGUUUCCUUUACUGGCAUCGAACUGUGUUUCCCAUCUAUCUGAAUGACGUAUACGAUAAUGCGGUGGACGCCGCAAGAAUACAUUACAUGUUCAGUGCACUGAGGGACAGCGUGCCAUCCAUGAUGCAUGCAAAACACAUGGAGUCAUGUGACCAGUUACUGGAGAGCUACGACAGGGAGAUCAUGGAAGUGUUAAAUGAACACCUGCUGGACAAACUGUGUAAGGAGAUUGAGAAAGAUCUGCGUCUCUCUGUUCACACACACCUCAAACUGGAUGACAGAAACCCUUUCAAAGUAGGGAUGAAGGACCUGGCCCACUUCUUCUACCUCAAGCCCAUCAGAUUCUUCAACCGAUUCAUUAACAUCAAAGCCUAUGUAACCCACUACCUGGACAAAACCUUCUACAACCUGACUACAGUAGCUCUGCAUGACUGGGCCACCUACAGUGAGAUGAGAAACCUGGCCUCUCAGCGUUAUGGACUCGUGAUGACAGAGGCUCAUCUGCCCAGCCAGACUCUGGAGCAGGGUUUGGAUGUGCUGGAGAUAAUGAGGAAUAUUCAUGUAUUUGUCUCACGGUACCUCUACAACCUCAACAACCAGAUCUUUAUUGAAAAGGCAAGCAACAACAAGCACUUAAACACCAUCAACAUCCGUCACAUUGCCAACUCCAUCCGGACACACGGUACAGGGAUUAUGAACACCACGGUCAACUUCACUUACCAAUUCCUGCGCAAGAAGUUUUACAUCUUCAGUCAGUUCAUGUACGAUGAACACAUCAAGUCCAGACUCAUCAAGGAUAUCCGCUUCUUCAGAGAAACCAAGGAUCAGUCUGAUCAGAAGUAUCCAUUUGACAGAGCAGAGAAGUUUAACCGCGGUAUCAGGAAGCUGGGAAUCACCCCUGAUGGCCAAAGUUACCUGGACCAGUUCAGACAGCUCAUCAGCCAGAUUGGCAAUGCCAUGGGCUACGUGCGUAUGAUCCGCUCCGGGGGCCUUCAUUGCUGCAGUAGUGCCAUCAGGUUUGUCCCUGACCUGGACGACAUUGUCAACUUUGAGGAGAUGGUGAAGGAGGAGGAACUCUCAGAAGAGACUCGGAGAGCUGCAGGUGUCUUGGACGCAGUGUUGGGAGAUCUGACCAGUAACUCUGCAGAAGGAACAGAGUACUUCAAAAUGCUGGUGGCUGUGUUUGCACCCGAGUUUCGCAGUGUGAAGAACAUGCACCUCAGGAACUUCUACAUGAUCGUACCCCCGCUGACUGUGAAUUUUGUGGAGCACUCCAUCAGCUGCAAGGAGAAACUCAACAAGAAAAAUAAAAGUGGAGCUGCUUUCACAGAUGAUGGAUUUGCGAUGGGAGUGGCCUAUAUCCUGAAACUGCUGGACCAGUAUCUGGAGUUUGACUCUCUGCACUGGUUUCAAGCAGUCAGAGACAAAUACAAGAAAGAGUUGAACACUGUGUUAAAGGAGCAGAACGUGCAGGCUAUUAGUCAGGACGAGAAGCUAAUGCAAACCAUGAAUCUCACCCAAAAGAGACUGGACCUUUACCUACAGGAGUUCGAACUGCUCUACUUCUCAUUAAGCAGUGCCAGAAUCUUCUUCAGGGCGGACAAGACCGCAGCAGAGGAGACACAGGAGAAGAAGGAUAAAGAAGAAGCUGCUUCGAGGUCUGACAGCUCCACUCCUGCUGAUUCAGCCUCAUAAGAAGCAACAUAUAUUUUGUCUAAUAUGUGCUAAGAGAACGUCCCACUCACUUUAACAUCAACACACCAGCCUCAACUGUUCAUGCACAAUAAUACAGGAUGAAUCCUUGUCCGUGCUACGUUUCAUGUUAGCUAAAUUCUGACAACCCUAGGGCUGCUGCAAAGAUGUGAGACUGGUUUGAUAACAUUUUUCAGCUGAGAUGAGACACUUGACAGUUGUCUUGGGCCUCUGCAGCUAAAAUUCAAAUUAUUGAGCAUUCAAACUGUUUGUCUGUUUACUUCAGUUGGAAAAAAUAGGUUUCUAAACUAAAAGUCAGUGGAUAUGUUUUUAACAAGCGAUCUAGUAGAUCAGUAUUUUCCUUAAAAUACCAAGAUUUGCACAUCUGACACCAACAAGCAUUUACUCAGAUCUCUGUGCUAUUCUGAGACUCAUUUAGAAUGUCAGGAUGUCAACACCUGCCUUCUGCAGGUAUACUGUAAAAAGUACCUAAAAACCUGGCCAAGAAUGUACACAAGUAUGUAGUAGAAGAGACUGAUGUGACAAACAUAAGGUCCAAGGGAACUUUCGUCAUCUCUAGUUUCUUCUUUAAAAGUCUGACACUGCUGAAUUGUCAGGGGUUAAAUACCACAGAGUGUACCUGCAUACGGUUCUACUUGGAGAACCUCAGAAUGUGAGUGAAGACCCUGGCCUCAUCUCCUAACUAUAAAGAAUAAUCUGUAACAGAAAAGGCUUGUCUGAUGACAAUGAUGACUUUAGUGCUUUGUUGCUGCAGGUUCAGUGUCCUGUGUGCUAAUUGUAAUGAGUUUGAUUGUUUUGGGUGUGUAGUUUCAGCUUUGCUCAAAUGACCUCUGUGAUUGUUUAUUAAGUUGUUGUCUUUGUAGAUGGGAGUUGUUUUUGGUCGCUACGUUUGGGGGGGGGGGGGGGGGGUUUACGACAAUUCCUCAGUCUAAGCUCUUUCUGUCCCUGUAGAUGUGUUGACCAUGUAAUUCAAAUAGAACAGACCGUAACAUAGUCUCUCUGUGUCACAGCACCUUGUCCUCGCUUUCUUCUUCUAAAUCAGGCAAAUGUCUGACAAGGCCACGGUUUGGUCUGAACUACAUUCCAUGAAUUUUUCAUAUGGGGAUAAUUUGGUUUGGCUUUUCAUGACACUGUUGUAGAUGGAUUGCAUUUGUUUCUACUGUUUUUACCUUUAAACAUUCUCAACAUGGGUUCAACAAUUUAUUAAAUAGUUUUACAUUAACGUUAAGAGGUGCCUUAUUGGGCACUUGCUUAUGUUACACAGCAUUUCUAUUAGUAAGUAGAAUAAGUUAAAACAUUUAUAAUUUCCCCAAUUGUUUUGCUUUGUGAUAGCUAGAACAGUGAUUCCCAACCACUGUGCUGCAACACAUUAUUUUGCUGUGAGAAGUCAUGAGAAAGCCGGUGUACCAUGUACCAAGUAUCUGUCUUGGUUCAUCUAUGCAACAGUAACUAGCAGAACAAUUAAACGAUCUUUCACAAGGUGGCAGCAUAUGACUAUUAAAAGCUAGACAGAGACUCAGCAGUGGAAAAUGUUCAUGUGACUUUCUACAAUUCCUGUGAGUAUAUCACGGUUGUUUUUAACUAAACAGGCCCAUGCUUCUCUCAGAUCAAAAUUAAAACGAGAUCAUUAUAUUUUAUUACAGGUUCUUCUGAUGUAAAAGAUGUGCUAAUUAAACUCUGGACCAAAUACUAUUUGGUUCUCUUUUUUCAUUGACAGGACUCUAUGUCCAAAAACAACAGUGCUGUGUUGAACCUCUGAAUUUCAACUCUAUCGUCUUUGAAACUUGCACUCGAUUAGAUUUCGUGAUGAUUGUCUUGUUAUGAUGCUGCAGAAUGUUCUAAGUGUACAGAUACUUAGCUCAAAAGAAUGUUCAGUUGUGUAAAAUGUGUACACAAACUUUUCCAUGUUUGUGAAUGUCUUGUUCAGUCAUUAUGUACAGCGUGUUUAUCUGCAAAUUAACAAAUAAACCUGCCUCUAUAAAUCAUCUCUGGCUCUGAAGAAAGGAGUCAAAAAACACAACCACACAUUGGUUCUGGAACGCUUUUGCUGAUUUAAUACAAAGAAGCUUUUCACUUCAGAAAAUA